AUGGCUGAGAAGCUCAUACCGGGAAUCUCCUACGCGACGAGGAUAGCGAUUCUGCAGCAGAUAGACUCGUCGUCAAAAAUUCAAGAUGAGCAGGUCUUGCCAGACACAAAUACCUUCCGCGAAGACGAAAAUGCCGCUGUCGCUGAGGCUGGCAGGACAGUCCUGCAGCAAGUCCUGGCAAGCGAUCAUCUCAGGAAUGAGGUUCGACGGAAAAUCAACAUUCUGGCCGCAAGUCUGGAAGGCGAAGACCCCCUCGCUCCAGUUCUGGCCGUCAGAAGACUUCGUCACGAGCAGCUUGAGAAACAGCUUUUUCUGGCGCAGAAGAAUGCAAACCUCCGCAGUGGGACGCGCGGACUCCACGCGAGAAAGGAGCUGAAGACUGUCGAGGCCAAGGUGGCCGCUUCGCUGGAACGGUUGAAGCAGAAUCGAGCAGACAUAGACACGGAAUCGAUCAGGGUGGAGACGCAGGCUGCCGUUGAUCUGUUAGAGGAUCUGCAGUCGCAGUAUGAGACGCAAGCCAGACGGGUGCUGCUCGGACUAGGCUUCAAAGAAGACUCGCUCGACGUGCCGUUUUGUACCCUGUCCGGCGGCUGGAGGAUGCGGUGCAUGCUGGCCGGCAUUCUGAUCCAGAACCCCGACAUCAUGAUCCUCGACGAGCCUACCAACUUCCUCGACCUGCUCGGCGUGAUCUGGCUCGAGAACUACCUCAAACAGCUGCGCGACUCGUCCGACACAACGCUCGUGCUGGUCUCCCACGACCGCGACUUUGUCAACGCCACCUGCGAAGAGCUCAUCAUCCUGCGGGACCGGUCCCUCUCGUACUUCCGCGGCAACCUGGCGGCCUACGAGGCAAACUUCGAAGCGCAGAAGCUGUACUGGUCGCGGAUGAAGGAGGCGCAGGAGCGACAGAUCGCGCACAUGGAGGCCACGAUCCGGGAGAAUAUCAAACAUGGCAAGAAGACGGGCGACGACGCCAAGCUGCGGAUGGCCAAGUCGCGGCAGAAGAAGAUCGAUGACCGCAUGGGCGUGCAGGUCAGCGCGAGAGGGGGACGGUUCAAAUUGAAUCGGGAUCUCGUCGGCUUUUAUGAGAAGCGUCGUGCGGAGAUCGAGGUCCCCCAGGACGAAAAGGGGGUGACUUUCGCCUUCCCUGACGCGCCUGAUCUGCGGUUUCCAGGCCCGCUCAUCUCUCUGGAAGGGAUCGUGUUUCGAUACAGGCGGAAUGAUACGCCCGUCCUGAGUGGAGUCGACCUGGUGAUCCAUCUCGGCGAUCGGGUGGGCAUCAUGGGCCUCAAUGGCUGCGGCAAGUCGACGCUGCUCCAAAUCCUGACGGGGAGCAUGGAGCCCUCUCAGGGCAAGACGACUCGACAUCCGCGACUGAAGAUCGGGUACUACGCGCAAAACGCGGUCGGAGACCUUCAGAGGCAAGGUCACGCCGAACCAGAACUGACAGCGCUGUCGUUGAUGAUGCGCGAGGUCGGGGGAGCAUUGAGCGAAGGAGCGCUGAGAGGACUUCUGAGCUCGCUGGGUCUGGCUGGGAGGACGGCAUCAGAUGUGCCUGCCUGUCGACUGUCGGGUGGUCAAAUUAGUCGAUCUCCUGCUAAUGAGUGCUCUCAGGUCCGUCUCGCCCUGGCCAAGAUCCUCUGGAAUCCACCGCACCUGCUCGUGCUGGACGAGAUCACCACGCACCUGGACUUCCACACCGUCACGGCCCUGGCCUCUGCUCUGUCGACCUUCAGCGGCGCCAUCCUGAUCGUGUCGCACGAUCGGUUCUUGGUGCGGUCCGUCAUCGAAGGGAAACGAGAGCCUGAAGCCCGCUUAGACGAAGGCUUCGAGGGAGUGGAUGAACAGGUUGAUGAGAGCCAGCCCCGACGACGGGUUGUCUGUGUUUUGAAAGGAGGGAAGCUAAUUGAGCAAGCAGACGGUGUCGAACAGUUUGAGCGCAAUGUGCUUCUCUGGUCUGAAUGUCUCAUGGAAUAG